AUGGCUUCGGUCGACGCAGCCCGGCCGUCUUCAGAAGGGCCUCGCCCGUUUUCACGCUUCCAGGAAGGCUCCAUGAACGAUCGAACUAGCGCUGCACCCCCAGUACAGUUUCUGGGCCCCGAAGCCGUGGCCGACUUCGAGAAGCACUUCUAUCCCGAGGCCAGCAAGAAUGGGACGCUCAAGAUGAAGCGGGUUCGCAGCAUCAGCCGGCGCCGCGAGCGGCCACUGUCGGCCCAGGCCCAGCUUCAGACCCUGCCCUACGACACGCUCGAGGUCCGGGACGAGCAGGCCAGACAAGACCGAGAAGAUAUGCCGCCACCGCCCCAGAGGAAAUCUGGAUUUUUCGAACGCGUGCGCGACGUCUUCGGCUUCGGCUCCGGGAAAGCCGGUGGCAACACGACCAACAAGCCGGCCGGCCGAGUGCAGCAGGAGAUGGGGAAGCGCGCUAGUCUACAGCAGCCUCCUACCCAUACACGCCCAAUGCCCAUGCCAAUACCCAGCCCGAACGGCGUCAUGAAGUCGUACAGCCAGUCUCAAGUCCCUCAGCUGCCUGGCAGUUUCCACGGCCACGGCGCUGGCGCUGAUGACCGGCCUUCGCGCGAGGAGAUCCUCCAAUCUUACAACCAGCUCAUGGCAACCGGCUUCUUCAAGGCACAUGCCAUUCAGUCAACUCGCCAGCCUGGUCCAGGUCCCCAAAAUGCACGGAAGCCCGCCCCCUUGUCUCCCAUCCCAUCUCCAGAGCGGUCUUCGGUAGACCAACCAGCAUCUGGCCGUCCAUCCUUCUCCAUAACACCAUCGUCACCUAUACCUCCUAUGCCUACCAGUCUCCCGCCGCCACCACCUCUUUUCCCCAGCGCGAAGGAAGUCCAGCCUCGGCCGUCUUGGGAGAGCUUCCGAUAUCCGUUGCGAGGCAGGAAGCGUGGGCGGACCGAUUCGGACGAUAACGUCUCCGAGUCGGCAUCCUUCACCCAACAGGCGUCCACGGCGCAGAUUGGCCUUGGGAAGCGUGUUUCCAAGAAGCUACGCAAGAUGCCCAGCGCACUUAUUCCGGGUCAAUACAAGAGCGACGGUGUAGUGCGCCUUGUGCCGUCCGUCUCCAACACUCCCUCGAUGCAGGAGGAGCGAGCUGUGCGUAUGCGCAGCCCCAGCCCGGCAGCACCUGGAAUGGCGACGGGCCACCGCGGUCGCAGGCCUGGUUCGAGCAGCAGCGCUGUAUCUAGAAGCAAUAGCGGUAACCGACUACGCAAGCGAAUGGACAAGAGUCCUGCACGCGGCGCGCCACCUGUUUCGCUACGUAACCAUGACCGCAGCCAGACGUUGGGUCAGUUCCAGACAACAGAUUGGGAACCCAUGGAGAUCGACAGCGGUGUUGGUGCCAGUCGCCGGUCGUUGGACCAUCAACGAGAACGAGACAUCGAGAGGGUCGGCAGCCUGCUUCGGGACGGCCAGCUUGGUCUUGCGGCGGAGCCCCUGUGUGUUGUGCCAGACAUGAACCGUGGCAUACCAUCUGUCCCUCGCAUACCCGACCACUUUAAGCGUGGUGGUAUGGUAUGGGAUGAGAAUGCCGGGAUGGAGCUGGACAUUCGCUUCGGGGAGGCUCUUUGA